GGGCGUGUCCGCGCAGCCAUGGACGGGGACGGCGCGUACGAGCCGGGCUUUGUGGGGAUCCGGUUCUGUCAGGAAUGUAACAACAUGCUGUACCCCAAGGAGGACAAGGAGAACCGGAUCCUGCUCUACGCCUGCAGGAACUGUGAUUACCAGCAGGAGGCCGACAACAGCUGCAUCUACGUCAACAAGAUCACGCACGAAGUGGACGAGCUGACCCAGAUCAUCGCGGACGUGUCGCAGGACCCGACCCUGCCCCGCACCGAGGAUCACCCGUGCCAGAAGUGUGGCCACAAGGAGGCCGUGUUCUUCCAGUCGCACAGCGCCCGUGCCGAGGUGAGA